AUGACGGUGCCAUUGUGGCAAAAUAAAAUUGAGAAAAAUCACAUGGUUAAAAGAGCUUUAUCAGCUGAUAUAACCAAUAACAUUUUGAGUAGUUCAAAUACAAGCUCAAACGAAGAAAAUUCUGGGAGCUCUUCAGCAAUCAAUAUACGGUCCGGAACAGCGGUCAAUACGCCUGUUGAUGGCAAUAGUAAUAGAAAGAGGCUUGCAUGCACGAAUUGUAGAAACAGAAGGAAAAAAUGUGAUUUAGGUUUUCCUUGCGGAAACUGUUCAAGGUUGGAACUAGUUUGUAAUGUUAAUGAUGAGGACUUAAGAAAAAAACGUUACACUAAUAAAUAUGUAAAGUCUUUGGAAAGUCAUAUUGCUCAGCUAGAGACCAACUUAAAAAACCUCGUUCAGAAAAUCUACCCUGACGAUGAACAAAUGUUAAAUCGAAUGAUGGUAGGUGACGUGAUGUCAGCUCUUCCAGACAGUUCCCAAGUUUUAAUCGGCUAUAGUGACCACACUCCCUCACUUCCAAUUCCUGCAACUAGAGGUACAUUCAUUGUUGAUAAUGAUAAGGCUAGUCAAUCCAUGUCGUCAUUCAAACAACAAACAGACACUCCAAGCUUGAAUUCGACUUUUUUCAAUACCCAAAAGCAAAAUUUCACAGAGUCUCUUGAUGAUCAGUUACUCGUACGAAGAUCAAUAACACCACAGGGUGAAAAAAAAAAGAAACCGUUAGUAAAGGGAAGUCUUUACCCUGAAGGACCGGUAAGCUAUAAACUUAAACAACCAGCUAAAUCAGAGAUUCUGUUGCCUGCUACUUCAUUGGUAGCAUCUGCAGAAUCUACUUCCUUUACGGAUGGUAUUGCAGCAAAUAAUCCCAUCUUGGCUAAUGGUGAAUUGAAGAAGCGUAUAUCGGAUUUGAAGACCACCGUUAUUGUAAGAGGACUGAAUGACGAUAAUCCUAACUCUAUCAAUAAUGAUCCAAGGAUUUUGAAAUCACUUUCCAAUUUUUACAAGUGGUUGUACCCUGGUUAUUUCAUUUUCGUUCACAGAGAAAGUUUUCUUUAUGGCUUUUUCAAUCACUCUAAGAAUAACUAUGAAGACUCAAAUUACUGUUCCGUCGAGUUGAUUUAUGCCAUGUGUGCUGUGGGUUCGAGGCUUACUCCUGAUCUACAAGAAUACUCAGAACUAUAUUAUCAACGGAGUAAGAAGACUUUACUGCAGCUCGUCUUUGAUGAACAAAGUACAGCCCGUAUCACCACUGUCCAAGCCUUAUUUUGUUUAGCCUUCUAUGAGUUGGGGAAGGGAAAUAACCAGUUAGGAUGGUAUUUCUCCGGUCUAGCUAUCAGGGUCGGCUAUGAUAUGGGGUUUCAAUUAGAUCCCAAAGUCUGGUAUGUUGAUGACAACAAUUUGCAGUUGACUCAAAGCGAAUUAGAAAUAAGAUCAAGAAUUUACUGGGGUUGCUAUAUAGCAGAUCAUUUUAUCUGCUUAAUGUUGGGUAGAACCUCCACUCUAAGCGUUAGUAACUCUACCAUGCCAGAAUCAGAUGAACUGCCGGAAGUCAAUGGUACGGAAGAGUUCAGGUUUAUUGGAACACAUGUUUUACAGAUAUCCUUGCCUUUAAAAAAUUUAAUAAUCUUAUCAAGACUUGUGCAAAUCUUUACCUCUAAAAUUUUUAUCGAAUCAGAGGACAUAGCCCAAAAACUGAAGUGUUUGAACACUUUCAAUUCUCAAGUUUAUAAUUGGAGACAAUCUUUACCGGAGUUCUUACAAUGGUCCAAGGCUCUUAUCGAGAACGAUGAUGUAUCCACAGACCCCACUAUAUCCUAUUUUUGGUAUUGCUACUAUAUAGUGCGGCUUACCUUCAACAAACCGUUUAUAGAAGACUCUCAAGAAUCUGAAACAGUGGUUAUAGAGAUCAUUGAUGAUUUGAAGACUUUGCUGGAUAACUUCGGGAAGAAAUUUGGAAACUAUACGAAGGGCAACCUUUACCAACUUUAUUCAUGUCUAUUGGCCAUCAACUGUUUGAAAAAGCUGAAAGAAACACGUUCCAGUGAGCUAGACUCGUGGAACACACAGUUGGACUUUUUCAAUCAUAUCUUUUACACACAGUUAUAUCCGGCAUAUGAGCUGCCGAAAAGACUACAGGAAGAUACGGAACUGGAAACAGAACAAGAAAACCAGAUGUUGAAUCAAGUUGGAAACAUUAACUACACACACGAUUUCUCACUUUCUCACGAGAUUGACGAUCUUAUCAGAGAGUUGUUUGGAGUGGGAACACCGCAAAAGCUCUGA